GGAAUGUGGGCUGUGACAGCGGGAACCGAACUGGGCCUGUAAUGCUAUUCCGAUAAAAGUUUAUCCGCUGUGGCGUUUAGAAGGGUCGGUUCAUUGUGUUUGGGGACUGUGGCCGAAGCGAGGGACAAUUCAUUGUGUUUGGGGACUGUGGCCGAAGCGAGGGACAAUUCAUUGUGUCAGUGGACGAGGUCAAAGUCAAAGCAAGGGGCAUGAUGGAGGCUUUUGCAGGCUCUUGCCAUGGCUGUACCAGGCCGCAGGUUUUCGGCCUAUGACAAGAAAGGACAACUGAGACGUUCAGCCAGUCACUCACCAACGAAAACUUACUACGUUUACUCGAAAAAACAUCCCGUAGACUCAAAGGGCAACGCCGCAGCCGACGAACAUAAGCGUGCACUCACCAAAAAGGACGCCACUCUCUCUAAAGGUAACUCAGCCCACGUGGGACACACAGCAGUCCACUCACGGCAUAACCCAACCCCUGCCAAGCAAAGGCACGCCCACUCGAAGACAGCCCGGCCGUUGUCUGCCAAUAAACAGCACAGACAAGUCGUCAUGAAUGAUGUUGGGCCACGCCCCCGCAGCGGCGGGAACGUCUCUGAGAACUAUAACAACGUAAGUACUGUUGUGUCCAACGCUAUCACGGCCCAUGGCUACAGCAAUGUCCCCACAGCCAACGGCUACAACCACACGCCAAUAGCUAACGGCUACAACCAUAUACCAAUAGCCAAUGGCAAUGGCUACAACAGUAUGUCACCAGCUCACGUUUACAUCAACGCCCCUGUAGCCAACGGUCACCACCAGCAUCACGUGGUACAGCAGAGCCAACAAGAAGGGGCGGUGAAACAAGGACCCCCGCCCCCCAGCCAGGAAGUGUUGCACCGACCUAUCAUCAAACGCAACACCCGAGACCCCGAGUCUGAGCUGGCCACCUCGUUCGACCCCAUGAAGGACCGGCACAUGUGGACCAUGUGGAGAACAGCCGUCAACGGACGCAUUCUGGACGAAGUGCAGCGUCUUGAGAAGAUAAGACCCGUUGAGCCCGGACUUUACGGCACCGCACUGGUGACGCCACCCCUGCGCAAGUUCAUCCGUUUCGGCGACAAUAGCAAAGAGAUUGCGAGACAUUUGAUGAGCCAAGGUAAAGGUCGCCUUCUCGCCACACAGUUUAUCUACUACGGAUUGCCGCGCGUGUACAUCUCAAACCCUCAGCAGGGGAAGUGAGGCACGCGACCAGGCUCAACAAUUUCUACAUACAUAUCUGAAGUCCGUUCCCAGGGUAACUGAACUCCUUUCUCUGUGGUAUUUUUUUUUUCAAAACUCCAUUUUGAUCCAACGAGUCCAACGAGACUACCGUCUUUCUAUUCGAGUCAUCGUUUCGGACCUAUCACUAGAUUCAAACUUUUGUGUCAACUUUCAAUCCGAUUUGUAGCGAAUGCUUCAGCGCGCUAUCAAGUCUCAAAAAUGCAGAUUCCUGUUUGCUGGAUUUCUUACGUCGAAUUGCGCGAUGUUUUGUGUGCCCUCGUUGAGUUUUAAAUUUGGUGCAACUUCUAAAUUGAAUUGCUGAACACUCUAUGAAUGGGGAUAAUUCUUUUAUCAACACAAUUACUCAUGAAAUUGGAAACAAAACACAAGACCAACCGUGAUCCCUGCCACUCACAUCUUGCGAUCACUCGGGGAUUCCGGAUAUUUCAAACAUCUUUUUGAAGAAAUUUACCCUUGCGGUACAUGUUUGCUGACUCGUCUACGAUAAAACAACAACAACAAAAACAACAACAACAAAAACAACAACAACAACCAAACAAACAAACUAGCAAACAACCAAACACACACAAAAAAA